UAAAGACAUUCUUUAUGUCGGCGCGUAGAACAAUUUUCCAGAAAAUCGUUUCAUACAUGAGAAACCAUUUAUUGUAAGAUAAAGAGUAUGCAAUUAUAAACUGUAAUGAUAACACUUGUGCCUCAAUUCCCAAAAUUGCGUGACAUACUAGUGGUUGAAGUAUUACUUGACGUUGCGUGAUAAACUUCGUACAUAUAGGUUAUGUUUUAUAUAAGUAUAGUUUAUUAAUCAAAUUUUUAAAGAAAUGGAAAAUCAAAACGGACAGAAUGUGGUCUCCGAAAUAACAACGUUGAUGAGAAGUUGGGAAGAUGAAAAUGCACAACCUAAUUAUAAUCCUGUCCCAACCUUAACCAGGAUGGCCGAAAUAAUUGAGGUAGAAACUGAGAAUUAUUUUAAAAUGGAUCCUGAUCCAUUUGACGAACGACAUCCAUCACGAACAGAUCCAGAUUGUAAAUUGGGACAGAUUUUAAAAGCAUUGUUCCGUAAAGAUAAUUUUAUGACAAAGUUGGUAAAUGAUUAUUUGCGUGAUACAUAUAAUCAUAAUCGUCGACAGGAUUUAACUGGUCGUGAUAUAGAUGAAAUGAAUAUAGCUGCAUGUCGUCUAAUGUUGGACAUUCUACCAGGCUUGGAGACAUCAGUUGUUUUUCAGUUAUACAAAAUGCAGCCAGAUAUGGAUGGAUUAAUUCAGAGGCUUAUUAAAUGGGCAACAAACUCCAUAGAACCUUUACAAAGUUAUGCUACUGGUUUAUUAGCUGCUGCAAUGGAAAUCCCUGAAAUAGCUACUAGAUUCAGGGAGCAAAAUGGUAGAUUAGUACCUUUACUAUUGCAACGGUUGCGACACUUGCAACAGUCUUCUGAUUUUGCCAAUGGUAGUACAUCAUCACGGCCUUUUGCACACUUUUCGAGUAUAAAGUCUCCCCCUUACAAAAAUGAAAAUCGUAAAUCACCAUCAAGGGUAAAUAACAAUAAAAUUUUAACCCAACAGAAUGGUGUAAUGCCCACGCAAUCGCCUAAUUGCUCACCACCUUUUAUCACAAGUCCCGAUAGAUCCGAAUUAGAAAAUCAAAUUAUAAGAAAAACUGACUUGUCUGAUACGGAAUUGGAAGAGGGAAGAAGGAAAAGGAUUAAAUUGGAUAUUGGUUCACCUAUACGAAAUGAAGCGUUUAGUCCUACAAGUAAAGUUCAUAUGUUUUCUGAAACAAGUAAUUCUUCAUGGGCAGAAUUAGAAAGUUAUGUAAUAGGUACAAUGCAAAUGUAUCCUCCUACACUAGCUACAAAGCAGAUACUGAUUUUAAGGUAUUUAACGCCAAUGGGAGAAUAUCAAGAGUUUCUUAGUCACGUCUUUGAAAAUAAUGCUCUCGAGUUAAUACUCUGUUAUGUGAAUGUCCGAGAAACGAAAGAGGCUCGAUUAGCUUUUGAAGCUUUAAAAUAUUUAGCAGCUUUAUUAUGUCACAAAAAAUUUUCCAUAGAAUUUAUUCAUUGUAAAGGACUCGAGUGUCUGCUUGAAGUGCCUAGGCCUUCCAUUGCAGCCACAGGUGUUUCCAUUUGUUUGUAUUACUUAGGAUACUGUGAAGAGGCGAUGGAACGAGUUUGUCUCUUGCCGAAAUAUAUCGUCAACAGUCUCGUUAAAUACGCGUUGUGGUUAUUGGAGUGUUCUCACGAUUCUGGUAGAUGUCAUGCCACGAUGUUUUUCGGCUUAACGUUUCAAUUUAGAGUCAUUUUGGAAGAGUUUGACGAACAAGACGGAUUACGGAAAAUGCACAAUGUGAUUUCGACUCUACCGAUACUUUCAAGCGAAGAAAAUACUCCGCCGUUAAACGAAGAUGUAGAAAGUGCAGCAAGACAAAUAGUGAGACACGUCUGUGUAGCGUAUAAAAGAUACUUAGAGGCGCAUUUGUAUAUAAAAGUGGAGCAGCUGCGGCGAUCACAAUUGAGACCUAAUGAAAAACAACAUUUACCUGCACUUCCGUCGCAGCCAAGUUAUAAGGCCUGCAAAUCUUCGCCAGAAGAAGUACAACAACAAAUAGAAUCAUUAUUUCAAUUAAUGCCAUUUAGAGCACAUUGGCCACCUGUUGAUCAAAUGUUGAAACUUGGAGCUAUGACUCUCCUUUUAAAAAUAAUCGCGUUUGCUUACGAAUGGAAUUACAGCGGCAGGUGUGUUUUUGAAAAAAGUUUUUUAUUUUACAUUAUUUACAAGAUGUUUUUUUUUAGAGCUGAAACAGUUAGAUGUGCUCUUGAUGCUUUAGCAAUAGCAUGUGUUAUGCCAAAAGUGCAACUUUUAUUCUGUGAUCGUGUCGAUUUACCAGAAGAAACAUUAACGGUUGGAAUGAACAUAAUUUUAGGAGCAGCAGAUGGUGAAAUCGUCGCGGACCCUGAUGUUCAAAAGGCGGCGCUUCGAGUAAUAGUUAAUUGCGUUUGUGCUCCUAUUCAGAGAGUUGGAGGAGCUAUUGCCAGAUACAGUACUAACAAUUCCCAAGGGACGUCUUCUCCUAGCAAGAAAACAAAGUUUAAAAGUUCAGAAGAACUUAUACAGAAAGUUUGGGAUUGUGUAAGAGCUAACAGUGGUAUAAUGGUUCUUUUGACUUUAAUGCAAGUAAAAACACCAAUCACAGAUGCAGACUGUAUAAGGACAUUGGCGUGUAAGGCGUUAGCUGGUUUGGCAAGGUCCGAAACUGUGCGGCAGAUAGUUUCAAAACUUCCCCUAUUUACGUCGGGCGGAUUGCAAAAUUUAAUGAGAGACCCAAUCCUGCAAGAAAAACGUCAAGAGCAUGUGACAUUUCAAAAAUACGCAUUGGAACUUCUAGAACGUUUAUCGGGAAAAACGAAACACAAUGGCAAAGACUUAGAAGUGUCUUUAGCGAAUAUUCAUAGGGCUAACGUUGUGGCUCAAACGAAAAUUCAUUUCAACGACCGACAGUUAUUACAAUUAAUACAUCAACACUUGGUUUCGAAAGGUUUGGAAGACAGUGCCGCCACCUUACUUAAAGAAGCGCAUUUAACAAGUGCUCUAACAGUGCAUAACUCCAACCCCUUGCCUACUAAAUUUCGUUAUAGUUCUUCAUUAACACCUAGCAGGCAAAGAUUAUCAUUUACAUCAUCAUUUAGAAAUAGUCAGUCGACAGCUUCCCAAGGUUUAGAUUCCUCAUCUUCAAGUUCCACCCUUUUUAACGGACCUUCACAACACCAAAUAAAAUUGGUUAAAAAAAAUCCACCACAGCCACAUUCCUCGCCUAUGCAAAAUGCGCGAUUACAAAAGCAGUUGUCUUCUGAACCCUUAUUCAAAGUCGUAAUGCCACCAUCUAGUAAUAAUAGUGACGAGUCUCUUAACGGUUUAGAGCCACGAAUAACAUUAGAUUCGAUUAUAACGGAAUACUUAACAAAUCAGCACGCUUUGUGUAAAAAUCCUAUGGCUACUUGUCCUCAGUUUAAUUUAUUCGUGCCUCACAAGUGUCCAGAUCCGAAGCCAAAAAUACAGGCAGCCAAUAAUUUUGUUAUGCGAUGUGCUCGACGAACCUUAGGUUAUCAAAGUAAAGCGUUAGACAGAAAGCUCAUUCAUAGUCGUUUUUGUCCUGUGCAGACCAUUCGAUUACCAACAGACGAUGGGUUUUUUACUUGUGUUAGAUUUACACCCGGCGACCAAAGUGUAAUAGUGGGUGAAUAUUCUGGAGAAAUACGCUUUUUUAAUUUACAUACCGGAAACGAAGAGUCGUCUUUUCAAGCUCACGAUAGUUACGUGGAUCACAUUGAACCAAACAGAGAAGGAAGUCUGAUAGUGUCAAGUUCGAGGUGGGGAAGGCCUUUAUCAGCAUUAUGGUCUCCGAAUGGUUUUGAAAUGAAGUACGCAUUUGAGUCUGAUGAGUAUUUGGAAUUUAGUAAAACCACCCAAGACAAAAUAAUUGGAACAAAAGGAGAAGAAGCAACAAUUUAUGAUGUUAAUACUGGACUCGCGAUAAGCAGAUUAGUUCCUACGGUUAGCAAUAAUUACACAAGAAAUAAAGCCACUUUUAGUCCUUUUGAUGACUUAGUCCUCUCUGAUGGAGUGUUAUUUGAUGUUAACACUAGUCAACAAAUUCACAAGUUAGAUAAGUUAAAUCAAAUGCAAAGUGGCGUUUUUCACCCUAAUGGCCUUGAAAUUGUUUCGAACACAGAAGUUUGGGACAUAAGAACAUUCCAGUUGUUGAAAACAGUGCCAGUUUUGAAUCAGUGUGAAGUAACAUUUUCUCCAGUUAAUAGUGCAAUAUAUGCCAUAUCCUUAGAGCAGGAGGAUGACCCUCUUUUUGAUUCCAGUUUUAAAACCGUUGACGCUACUGAUUAUUCGAGCAUUGCCACAAUCGAUGUAAAAAAAAGCAUUUAUUAUUUGGCGGUAAAUAAAUUUGAUUCACAAAUAGCAAUUGUUGAAAACCAAGGUGCUUAUCAUUCCGUACAAGAAUCUGUUGUUAGAAUAUAUGAUGUUGGGCGAAGAAGAGACGACGAAGAUGAACAGGAAGAAGAAGACGAUGAAGAAGAUAUGGAUGGGUCUGAUGACGACGGUUCAGAAAAUGAUACGGUGGUAAUGGAUGUUGUUGAAGAAGUUGCCAAUAACGACAACAAUGGUAAUAACGAAGGGGAUGGGGGAGAUGGAGGUGACAAUGAUGGUAGUGACUCUGAUGUAAGUUGGACAGACUUAUCAGACAAUAGCAACGAUUCUUACGUGAGCGGAUCAUCUGGAAUGAGUGCGAUCGAAGAUCUUCUUUUUGAAUAUUGAACAUUUUGUAUAACUAAUUACUGGUAAUAACGGGAUAUAAUUAAUCGAAUUGCUUCCGUACUCGAAAUUUCGAACAAACGUUUUUUAAAAAUAAUGAACAGUUGGGCGUUGAAUGUACAUUUUAAGCCGUUUUAAUUGUUUGUUUUUCAAAGUGAGUUACAGGAAUAAUUGAAUGUGUAUAUAAAUCGAAAACCAAUUGA